UGGAGGGUUCUUCAUCAGUUGAUGUGUUGGAGCUUGUUCCUCCUGCAGAGGGUGGGGGAGCUGCAGGAGGUGAUGGAGGAGUACCUGAAGCGCUGCAGGAUCAACCUGAGCGACAGAGACAAGCUGAUCCAGGACGCCGUCCGCCUGGAGGGGCAGCUCAGCCUCAGCCUCACCCAGCUGAAGACCUGCCUGCUGGGGGGGGACUGUGACUCCAGGUCCCUGAGGCAUUGGGCCAGUGCAGCAGCGUUCCACACCCAGAUGCUGGUUCACCUGGCCGGACUGGAAGGGGGGGGGGCGCCCCGGGCGGCGAGGGCGGCGCUGGAGCAGUACCAGGAGGACCUCACCCAGAUCAUCCCUGCUUACAGGAGGUAUAAGUCCAACACAGUGUGUGUGGUGAAAUGUCGGGGGGGUCUGUCUGCGUCAUGUGACCCCUCCAACGAGAUGCCAGAGGAGGGAUCCAUGACGGGCCUCACUGUGACGGACAGAGAGACAGGGAGGAGCGUGACGCUGCCUCUGUCCACCUUGGAGACAGAAGCAGGGAGAAGAAGGAGAGCUGACGGUUCCUCUGUGACCUCCUCCAUGAACCUGGACCUGAUCACCUCAGAUCAAUACGCCCAGGCCUAUUUGGAGCGUCUGUUCUCUGAUGAGGGACCUGUGGCCGAGCUGCAGAGCUACUUCAACAGGACCAGCGAGCAUCUGCUAACAUCUCAACCAGGAUCCACAGACCAGCCCGGGGGGGGGGGACACGAGGAGGAAGGAGGCGACGGGAGGCGUCCUACAGAGCCGGCAGAGGGAGGACAUGUAGAGCAGCGAGUGGACAGAGCCAGAGGUGAUAAACAAGACGAGACUGAGAGGAGAGGAAGAGGAAGAGGAGAGGAGAUGAAGGAACUCGAUCAAAGAGAUGAAAGUUUGCAACUGAGCAUCAGAGAGACGCAGCCGGAGGAAAGUCUCUAUCAGGGAGCGUCAAGCACAUAGAAGCAAUGGACACCGGCCAGCAGCCAUAUUACAAGAUGUCCGCUCAGCACUGAAGAGGAACUCAGAAACCGUUCAUCACUGGUGAAGCACAGGACUGAGGAAGAUGUAGAGGGGCUGAACGUGAGGCUGAGAGGAGGUGAAGAGCAGCUCGACUGCAAGAUGAUCAGCUCUGUCUAAAUAUGAACCCAAACAACUAUAUUUAAUAAAUCAGUAUAUCUGGUAAAUCUUUAGAAGAUCUAAUAAUAAAAGUAUUUAUUUGUAAAGAAGCUUAA